AUGGGAGCCGCCCCAUUCACCGACAGAAUUUUAAGAGCCAAGCUUCCAAAGGGAUUUGACAAGCCCACAAACAUGAAAUACGACGGGACCAAAUAUCCCCAAGAACACCUAACGGCCUUCGAAGUCAGGAUGAACCUAGAAGGAGCCGCUAACACGGUCUGGUGUAUGGCCUUCCCGGUAACCCUAGCUGGCCCUGCUCCCAAACUAUUCAACAGCCCUCCCAAACGGUUCACCACCAGAAUCACCAAAGCCAAGCACCCCAUCAGCUUACUCGUAAUCACCCAGAGACAAGAGGAAUCCACGAGAAAAUACCUCGAUAGGUUCAACGACAAGUGCCUCACAGUCGACGGGCUCACGGACUCGGUCAACAGUCUCUGCAUGACAAAUGGCCUCAUGAACGAAGACUUCCGAAAAUACCUCACCACCAAGCCGGUUUGGACUAUGCACGAAAUUCAAAGUGUCACAAGGAAAUACAUCAACGACGAAGAGUUGAAUCAAGUUGUGGCCGCUAAUAAAUGGCAACACGGCAACACGACACCUCGCAAUAACCCGCCACCAAAAGAAAGCCAGAAAAAAUACUCCAAACCGGCAAACCCUAACCGAUUUCCCAAGGUGGGAAAGUUCUCAAACUACACCCCCUGCUCGCUUCCAUCACAGAAAUUUACCACCAAAUAG